UAUCGAUUUCACUUUUCUUUUUUUUUUGGAGUGUCUGUCUUUUGAGUAUUUGACCCAGCUGAAAAUUUUCACAUUUUUCCAUACUUUUGCCCCUUCUGAUCCAUAGUCUUCUUUCUCAACUUCUUUGCAAGAACAGCUAUCAAUCUUCCAAGAACUCACCCAUUUGAGGUUUUUCUUCAGCAUUUCUUCAAUACAACAACAAACCCAAGUUUGCAAUCAUUCAUGGCCUCUACUUCUUCAUCCCCUUUAAUGGUUUAGGUUUGCUUUUUUCAGUCUCUCUCUUCUUGAACCCACUCUUGUGCUUGGUAGGUUGUGCCGCUGAGGAGAUGGGCCCUAAACUCCACUGAGGUUUAAUGGCGACAGGGGUCUCUUUCUUCUCCUUCAGUGGCCUCUUUGCUCCCAUUUUUCAGCUGUCUCGCAUUUAAUUUUUCCAUGAGAGUGUUUUUUUGAGCUAGAUAAGAUUUGGGGUUUCUGAUUUUUUGUCUGUAAACCUUGUGGGACGAGCUUUACACGAGGUUUCUCUGGUAGAUCUCUGAUUUCUGAAAUGGGUCUUUGAGAUAAUGCCCAAAUUAUGCUGGGUCUUUAUCUUCUACUUUAAUUUACUGUGUUUCUGAUGGGCUUUUUGUCUGCAUUUUUUUCGCCUUCGUAAUCCCUAGGAUGAUUUGUGAAUGUGGAGGUGGAUUUUGGAUGUGACAGGUGAUGAUCUCUUGAGUUCAAUGAUUAAUUAUGUUAAAAGAAGUUUUUCUCUACUUGAAGCCUGAAUUGUGGAUUUGCCAAAGUGGGAUAUAGAAGUUUGAAGAGUCAACCUGCUGUGACUAAUCUGUAUCGGACUAUUUGUGAUGCAUUUCUUGUUUUGGAACGGUUGUUGUACUGUUAGAUAAAUGUAAGGUUGGCUAGUGGUUGGACUUUGAAAAUUCAUCCGGUGCUGCAAUUCCCCCAAGGAAAGAGAUGGAGAGAAUGAUCCAACCUCCAUUGGUUGAUACAACAGCUUGUUUAUGUAGAGUAGAUGCAGGCCUCAAGACCGUUGCCGGGGCUAAAAAGUUUGUACCUGGCUCAAAGCUUUGUCUACAACCUAGCAUCAAACCAUCAAUACACCCAACUAGACCAAAGCCGGCUCGCAGUGACAGGAGCAGGAACCAAUCCCCCCUGCUUCCUGGACUACCUGACGAUCUUGCAAUAGCUUGCCUAAUCCGUGUCCCUAGGGUUGAACACCGUAAACUUCGAUUAGUUUGCAAAAGGUGGUAUCGUCUUUUGGCUGGAAACUUUUUUUACUCGCUCCGUAAGAGUCUAGGAGUUGCAGAGGAAUGGAUUUAUGUCAUUAAGAGAGACCGAGAUAAUAAGAUCUCAUGGCAUGCCUUUGACCCCGUAUAUCAGCUUUGGCAACCCCUUCCUCCUGUCCCUAAAGAAUAUUCUGAAGCUCUUGGGUUUGGCUGUGCGGUUCUUAGUGGUUGCCACCUCUAUGUGUUUGGUGGCAGAGACCCAAUAAAAGGAACAAUGAGGCGAGUCAUUUUUUACAGUGCCAGAACAAAUAAAUGGCACCGAGCCCCGGACAUGCUUCGUAGGCGACAUGUCUUUGGGUCAUGUGUGAUAAACAACUGUUUGUAUGUUGCAGGUGGGGAAAAUGAAGGUGGCCACCGAUCUUUGAAAUCUGCUGAAGUAUAUGACCCAAAUAAGAAUAGAUGGACAUUCAUUUCUGAUAUGAGCACACCCAUGGUGCCCAUAAUUGGAGUUGUUUAUGAGGGCAAAUGGUAUUUGAAGGGUUUUGGGGCUCAACGUCAGGUUCUAAGCGAUGUUUACCAGCCCGAAACAGACAGUUGGUGUUCUGUUUAUGAUGGAAUGGUUGCAGGUUGGAGGAACCCAAGUGUCUCCUUAAACGGACAUCUUUAUUCUGUCGACUGCAAGGACGGCUGCAAACUUAGAGUCUACGACGAAGUAUCCAACUCCUGGAACAAGAGUAUAGAUAGCAAGCUGCAUCUGGGCAAUUCUAAGGCGUUGGAGGCAGCUGCUCUUGUUCCACUCAAUGGAAAGUUGUGCAUUAUUCGCAAUAAUAUGAGCAUUUCUCUUGUCGAUGUUUCAAAGUGCGAAGAUGCUGAUGGUGCUCCUGGUGAACAUUUAUGGGAAACCUUAGCAGGAAAAGGGCAACUCAUAACUUUGGUCACAAAUCUGUGGUCCAGUCUUUCGGGUCGAAGUCGCCUUAAAAGCCACAUUGUUCACUGCCAGGUGCUUCAAGCCUGAAAAUUUUCUUUCUUAGGCUUCUGGUGUUUAUAUGUUCUAUUUUUGGUUUUCCUCUUUACAUAUCUUAUAAUCAUGCUUAGAUGUCAGACAUGGAGAAUCAAUGCUAGUAAUCAAUCAAUACUACUUCAAAUAGUUUUGUCAUAUGGACAAUUUUAUCCUCUCUGUCUUAAUUCUUUUUUUCUUGUCAUUUGUGAGAAAGAAAAGGGUAACAAAAUUGUCCAUUCACUAUAAAAUUAUUUGUAGUAGUAUUGAACUUGUUAGAGAAUACUAUUAUAGAACUUGAAAUAUUUCUGCAAUACAGUAUCAAGUGAUUCAGAUUGUGACAGGCAAUGAGCCUUUCUUGAUAAAUGUAGGUACAUACCGUAUACAGAUCAUGUGCAUUAGAGAGUUCCCAACUUCUCUGGAGAUUCUGCUCUUGUAAACUGCUGUUACUUGAAUUUAAUAUGAAACAUUACAA